CAAACAUGUCUGCCUCUGCGCAACUUGCAAGCGUGACAAACACGGAUGAAAAAGAGACCAACUCUGCGAUGGAAACGAACGAGUGCUCGGAAGCAGGAAAAGACACAGAACCCCAAAUCAACGAAUCGCCUGAAACUGACCAGGAAACAAGUGACCCUUUUCUAAAACCAACUGCGUUCCCUGCGCUUUCUCUCGGGACUAAACCCAGCCAGAACGUUUCUGCUCCAUCCAAAACUGGGGACGAGACCAGAAACGACAAAGAUGUCAACGAAACACAAGUCGAGGACAACGAAUCUCUGGACACUGGGCCAGAAAAGAAUACAAACUGCGGUGAAUAUAGAGACGUUGCUUCAGUAAACACGAAAGCAGAAUCGAAACACAGGGUGCUCCCAUCCAAGCUUCCACCGGGUGGCAAGUUCCCUACCCUGCCAUACACAGAGCCCCAGUGGGGUGGUCCUCCUCCAGAUGACGUCUAUGCCCUUGAAAUUCUAAAAAACGGCACCAUAGUGGACAAUGUGCCCCUUGCGCAUCGAGGUUACUUUGUGGUUGGACGUUUGCCGGUGUGUGACGUCACCCUGGAACACCCGUCCAUCUCCAGGUACCAUGCUGUCAUUCAGUACCGCCAGCACGCCGGGGAAGGGGAGUCUGUCGGUGAGGAUCGAGGUUUCUAUGUCCAGGACCUGGGCAGCACACACGGUACUGUGGUUAACAAGAACAAGAUUCCGCCCAAGACGUAUAUCAGACUCCGUGUUGGACAUGUCCUUAAGUUUGGAGGUAGCACAAGGCUAUUCAUCCUACAGGGUCCAGAAUUUGAUGAGGAAGAGGAAUCUGAACUAACAGUCACAGAGCUGAGGGAGCAAACCAGGAAACAGAGGGCGGAGCUGGAGAAGAGAAUGAUGGGAGGUGGUUCCGACGAAGAGGAAGGAGAGGAGAAGAACGACAAGAAAAGCGACAAGAGCCGAAAAUUGUCCAGUGAAGACUCGGGCUGCUCUUGGGGAAUGGCUGAGGAGCAGUUCCCAGAAGAAGAUGAAAAUGAGGAGAAUCCCUUUUCAACAGAGUUCCAAGAAGACCAGGAAGCUGCCUACUUAAAGGACCCUAAGAAGGUUUUACAGGGCUUUUAUGAAAGGGAAGGCGAGGAGCUGGAGUUUGAGUAUGAAGACAAAAGCCACGGCAGCUGGCUCUGUAGAAUCAAGUUGCCAGUGGACGAUGCCUUGGGCCGGCAGCUCGUUGCCGAGGUGACUCAUACGGGAAAGAAGAAAGAAGCGGCCGUUCAGUGCUGCCUCGAGGCGUGCCGAAUGCUGGAAGCUAGAGGUCUGUUGCGCCAGGAAGCAGUGUCCCGCAAGCGCAAGAAAAAGAACUGGGAAGAUGAGGACUACUAUGACAGCGAAGAUGACACCUUCCUGGAUCGGACAGGCACCGUUGAAAAAAAGAGGAAAGAGAGAAUGAAAAAAGCAGGAAAGAUUCUGGAGAAGACCGAGACGCAUGAAUCACUGCUGGCAAAGCUAUCACAGGUGGAGAGGGAGGUGGCAGAAGCACAAAAAAAGCUUGGCACCUCUGGGAAAGACACUUCCAGCUCAUCUACCGACGACCCACUGGACGCUUUCAUGACGGCCGUGCGCAGCGAUGCAACCAUGGAUGCCGUUGAGCGCCGGAAGCUUCACGUGCAUGUCGCUGACCUACGAAAAGAUGCCCAGCGGAUCCGCAAAUUGGUGGAACUGACUCGCCCCUCUCAGCUGCCCUCGCUGCUCCCCAGUGGAAGCUCCAAGUCGGAGAAACCAAAGAAAGCUUUGCCGCUUUUUGGAGCUAUGAAGGGAGGAUGCAAGUUCAAGCUGAAGACUGGCACUAUCGGGAGAUUGCCUCCUAAGAAGCCCAGCUUGCCUCCUGAGCUCUUUAACAUGAAAGAACUUCCACCAGGAGGAGAAGAGGAAGAAGAGGAGGAGGAGGAAGCAGAGGAAAAAUGGGAGGUAGAGCAGGAGAUGGCUGAAAAAAAGGAGGACCAUGAAGAUAAAGUGUGCAAGUUGAGUGAUGAACCCGUAGAUGCCAGUGACCUCACAUCUCAAGAAACUUCAGGACAGAAAGGAGAAAAACCAGUGCCGGAGCCAAAAGGGGAAAGGCCAGAAAAGAGGAAAAGCAAAGCAUGUACAGGCAUGCAGAACCCAUUUCCUCAAACGAAUACCAAGCCCAACCAUGACCCACCAAGUUUUGAAUCAAGAGACAAGGGUGAUGAAGAUCUCAGUCUGAGGAAGAAAAAGAAAGUCAUGGGCCCCAGCAGGCCACCUGUGCAGCUCUCGAGUCAGUAUCCACAGGACGACCCCGAUUACUGUGUUUGGCUACCGCCGACAGGACAGACUGGAGAUGGCCGCACCCAUCUUAACGACAAGUAUGGCUACUGAGUCACCCCAUGUCAUCAUGACCCAAAAGACCCAACACAACGACGACUCCUGCACCAGCACCAUCACUCGAUAUGACCAAGCUCAUGAGAUACCAGAAGGGAAUCCAAGUCGAUACUACUCUUCAUGUAAAUAUAUUGUCUGAAGAUGAUCUACAGCUGCCAAGUGUUGCCACUGCAGGCAUUUGACCCCUUGUCCUUUUCACCCUUCAAGCAGAAAAUAGAAAAUGGCAGCCCAAAAAGAGCUAGCUGAAUUUAGCUCUUUUUUUUUCUAGCCUUGUCUCUGGCUGCUCCUCUUUCACUUCAAACCACCUGACAUUCAAUCUGUAUCCCUCCCCUAUUUGGCUCCACUUGAUCACUGGCAUUACUUUUUUCCCCCCUCUGUGAAAGAGUGUGUGUAGCAGGGAGGGAGAGCAGUGAAGCAGCUUUUCUGACCAUCUGGACACUUGGAUGGCUUACUGGAUGAAACGCAAGCUGAUAAUGACUCAAGCUACAGUAAGCAGAGUUGUGUGUCAGUUGAUGCACGCACACUCAUGCUCCAACCUUCUCAAAGUUCUCUUUUUAACAUGAUUGUCUUUAUGCGCCAGUCAGCCAUUGUUGUGCAUUUAUGUAGGAUUCGCACCUAGUGUUGCUCUUCUGGUUCACAGCCCACUUCUUUUUAGGUGACAGUAAAUAUUUUUCAUUGUAUUUUGUUCAAGAAAUGUGUAAUAAAAUGUGUGGGGAACAAGCAAGUUCAUUUAACACACUUCAUAUUUACCUUAUACAUGUAAAUUCUCAUACACGCGUAUGAUAUGGUCAAAAGACAUUUGUGGUCUUGGCCAUCAAGAUGUUAGUGACAUGCAAAGCACUGGUUGAAAACGUUUAUCCUGGCUUCAAGCAACCUGGAAAGGUCUUGUUUGCCUUUUCAUACACGGUGACAAACCACCUAUUACACACAGUCGCUCAGUGCAGUGGUCACAGGGCCACUUGGCGUGCUUAAGCAACCUCGUUAGAGGUUAUUAGGGGCACUUACAUAAGGUUAGUUGGGUCAAAGCAUAAUUCUCCUGAUUUAUGUAAUACACAAAGCCGUCCUCAGAUAGGGAUAUGGCAGUGGAGUCAUUUUAUGGAGUGUAUAAAUAAGUAUGUUUAGAAAUCUGUGUGAAAUGAUUAGACACCAGUGGUCCCUUGACAUCAGUGAUGGUUGGAAAGGGUAUUAUAAUUCUACUCCCUCCCUAACUCACUUGACCUAAAUUGUAAAUACUGAGAGCUGCAUACAAGUACUCAAUCACUGUAUUUAUUCAGUUUAUUGUACAGUACUGACAACUUUUGACCUUUACUCCACACAUUUGAAAACAGUUAUAGUACAUUUUUUGUCAACGUAAGAUUGUUGCUUUUUUUUUUUAAACCCUGAUAAAUGUAACAAUGUAAAUAGAAGUGAAGUGAACUGGGAUUGAGAUCUUGACUGAUAUCACUGAGAUCUUGGAAUUUAAAGGGUGGGAGAAAAAGGACAGCAGUGAUAUGGAAGAAUGUGAACCGGGUAGCAUGAAAAAUGAUGCAAGACAUUCUGAGACAAGCCUGAAGAGAAUUGUGUGUUCAAAGAAUGAUUCAUGGCAAAUAUGUUGCUUUGUGGUAAACCCAUGCACAUUCUGGGUUUAUGCUUCUUUGUAAUCUGGAAAAAAAGUGUAUUUUGUUUUUUGUCAGUUUGCAACUUAAGGUUUGGGAAGUUAGCUUCACUCCUUGUUUCUAGAAACAUGCUACAAGUAACAUUAUCCAUCAGGGCUAUCAGAAUUUAGCACCCUGUGCAAUCACUAUGCAAGUUUGUAAAGAAAAAAAAAAAGGGGGGUAAACUAUUUUGUGUGCAAAUGUUUUUGUUGUCCCUAACUGGGCAUUAAAAAAAAGUACUGUUUGUAA